ACUGUUAUAUGGUCCCCUUUAUCAACCAAAAGCCUUUGUUCGCCCACGAAAAGCCUUUGUUCCACCGCUCCGGCUAAGGCCCACGAAAAGCCUUCCUUCCACCGCUCCGGCUAGCCGCACUUGUCGCCAUCUCUCACAGUAGCAUCAGUAGUAAUGGACCCGCAGCUGAAAAAGAAAUGGAAGGAAAAGUUAUGGAAGGCGUUGCUUCAGUAGCACUAAUAGAUAACGGGUCUAUUUCCGGUCAUUUUAUUCACCUUCCUCAUUCUAUCUGUUAUGGCAUACAUGGAACUGAGAUGGUUUGUGAAAGGGAAUGCAGUAGGGGUGAGGAUUACCGUUUGGUGAAACUUACAAUCAUUGACUACAAUAGAAAAAGAGAAAGGGAUGUUAUUGUGGAGUGCAGAGGACAUGAUGCUGCUAGGAUUCAGAAUGUUCAACAUGCCCAUGGAUGGGAUGAUGAUGUUGUCAAUAUGCUUGACGAGAAGGAACAGAAGCACAAGAUUCUUGUUUCUUUCGAGUGUGAGACACUGAAAGGAGGUAAAGAAGCUGAGGACCAUAUCAACAAAUUCAUGCCCAAAUUAGCUGGGACAGAUGCUGUUGAUAAGCUGAACACAAAGAAGGGAAAGAGGCUUUUCAAAUGUUUACCUCAAUUAACUCAUCAUUCGUGCCGGAUCCUUCAAAAAUACAUAACCUUUAGAGGAUCUGACACAUACCUGAUGUUAACUUUCAUUAAUGAAGAAUUCCUAAGUUCUUGAACAGAGGAAGAAGAACAAUAUAGAGGAAGAAGGCGUUAGCGGACCGACUUGACAGGACCUCCCUUUGCUCUAUCUAACUUGGCGUGCGCUCCUUCCGGCCCUGCGAGAACAUAUUUGGACACGGGGAUCAUGAUAGUCUUUUCAUGGAGAUUAUUGGGAAUGGAGAUGUGCCUGGGUUAAGAACAACUUGAAAACUGCCUUUGAAGAAAUCUGAAUUCUCAUUGAAUUCAUCUUCGCAUACAAGUUACAUGAUAUGGACUAUUUAUACACAUGCUUUACAGUAGCUCAUCUAGAAGAUUCUCUUAGCAGUUAGUUUAGAUGCCUAACUAACUUUUAACUGCCUUCUAACAAACUUAGUUAAGCCUACCACAUGUGUGGUUAUAUCAGCCUGCUUCCUUGGUUUAACACCUGACAGUAUUUUUGAAUCAGAGCAACAUAAUGAGAUAUGCAGCAUGUAAGAAUGGAAGACGUAUUCAACUGCCAUUCCACGGAUAAACAUCUCUUAAUGUCACAGUUAUUCUUUUCUUGAUAUCAUAAAAAUGCUACUGCCCUUGA